AGAGGCUGAGGAGAAGAGAGCGAGGGGGGCGUAAGCCUCCCAACUUAGCCAGCCUGGGGCAAUAAAUCGUCCUGUUUCCCCCGCCACGCUGAUAGCCCCGGGGUCAAGCCUUCGUGCAACACCCUCCUCUGCUUUCCUUGGGGGGCGUAAACCCCCAAACGUAGCCAGCCCUACUCACACACGGAGGCCCCACACAGCCCCUCACCGCGGCUCGACGACGGCAAGGGCAGCGCGCCGCCUCCCUCGCGUCUCCCUUCCUCCUCCUCGGCUUCGCGGCUUCCCGCGCUCUCGGCCUGAGGCGGAGCCGGCAGCGUCAGAGGCCGGGCAGGCAGGCCUCCGCUUGGCCGUCUCCUCCUCCCGCUCCUCCGGUCCCUCCUUCCCGGGCCGGCUGGGUCGUGUCACCAGCGGCGAUGGGGGCCGGGCGACGGCGGCGCCUGAGGUGACUCGGGCCGCCUGGCUGGGUGUGAAAGAGACGCGGGAGGAGGAGAAGCAGCGCCUCUGCCCAGCCGGGUGACUGGCUGGCUGGCUACGAGGAGGACGGGGAGCUAACCGGGCCUCCCCGGCCUGGCUCCUUCUUCCCCAGCUCUCUCCCUCCCCUCUCUGCUUUAAUCUCCCAGCUCCCUGGUUGUCCCUUCUCCCCUUCCUCCGCAAUUUCUGCCCUCCUUUAAUCAUCAUCACCUUCCUCUAUUCAGCAUUUUCUUCUUCACAGUUCCUUCUCUCUCCCACCCACCUCCAUCCCUUUUUCAUGCCUGUCCUUUUCCAUCAAUCUCUUCUUUUGGAGCGCCCCUCAAUUUUUCUCUUUCUUAAAAAAUAAAAUACGUAUCUUCCACCAUUUCAUUUCUCAUUUCUUCUCGCCUUUCCUUUCCCGUCGCAGCCUGAUCCUAACCAUGCCCAGCUAGAAAUAACUCCCAUUGAUCUUUAAGGGGACUUCCUUCCAACAGAGCAGGUUUUAGGAUUGCAGCCUUAGCCACUGUCCCCAUCUAUCAUCUAUCUAUCUAUCAUCAAUCUCUGUCUAUCUAUCUAGUUCCUCUUUCUGCUGCCUUAAUCCUUCUUUUUCUCCCUUCUGUCCUCUCAUCCUCCAGUUCCCUUCUCUUGCCCCCUUUUUAAGUUCCUCUCCUCUUCUGGCUUCUCCCUUUCCCUUCUGCCAUCUUCCUUUUUCACCCCAGUUCCCUGUUAUCCACGGGUGCCUCAGCCCAGCCCAUCUCCCUCCCCUUCCAGCUGUGCAGUUAAUCCAGUCUGGCUUUGUGUCUGAUGGGGAGCGGAUGUGCCUGUCUGUUGUGGCUAUUGCAUUGGGAUGAAGGCUCCCCUUGGCCCCCUCUUUUGACUGUGCCCCUCCAAAAUGUCUCUUCUGGUAAGCAGCAGAUAUAUCCAAAAAGUACCUGAUGGAAGCUUUCUGGGAUAGAAGCUGGGACAGAAGAAUUUGGCAACAAUAGCCCUGGACCUUUUGUGAACACAGUUGCAUUUUUUUAAAAUGGCAGAAAAUAAUGAAAGUAAUUCCAAAACUACAGAUGUGAGGCCUAAGACCAGCCGGAGUAGAAGUGCAGACAGAAAGGACGGCUACGUAUGGAGUGGGAAGAAGCUUUCCUGGUCAAAAAAGAGUGAGAGCAGUUCCGAUGCUGAAACGGCAAGCACCUCAGGAAAGUCCACAUUUAGUUUAAGGAGCCAAGAGAGGAAACACAGCUGUUCUUCAACUGAGCUGGACUUGGAACGCUCUUGCAGCCACAGAUUCUUAGGCCGUUCUCUUAAGCAGAAGCUGCAGGAUGCCGUUGGACAAUGUUUUCCUAUAAAAAAUUGCAGCAGUCGACAUUCUUCAGUCCUUCCAUCAAAGAGGAAGAUACAUAUCAGUGAGCUUAUGCUGGACACGUGUCCUUUCCCACCACGGUCGGAACUAGCCUUUCGGUGGCAUUUAAUCAAACGGCACACUGCCCCAGUAAAACAAAGAUCUGAAAGCUGGUUAAGUAUGGGGUCAUCGCAAGGAGAAGGGAAGGAUGAGGAACGGGGAGAUGUCGAGAGUGCAAACGGAGGAGGGUCAGCUGUUUUGCAGGCAUGUAGCAAUACUGCUUCCUGUAGAUGUGAUCCUCGGGGUAACUCUUCCGCAAGUAAGCUGCUGAAGAACAGCAGAGAAGAAAGCGACAUGGAUUCAGAUGAUGAAGUGGUAACCCUUUGCACUAGCUCUAGGAAGAGAAACAAGCCACGAUGGGAAACAGAUGAUGAACUGCUGCAACUGGAAACACCUCCUAAAUAUCACACCCAGAUUGAUUAUGUUCAUUGCCUUGUCCCUGACCUCCUUCAGAUCAAUAACAAUCCGUGCUAUUGGGGAGUGAUGGAUAAAUAUGCUGCAGAAGCACUUUUAGAUGGGAAGCCAGAAGGGACUUUUUUGCUACGAGACUCUGCCCAGGAAGAUUACUUGUUCUCUGUUAGUUUUAGGCGCUACAGUCGUUCCCUUCAUGCCAGGAUUGAGCAGUGGAAUCACAACUUCAGCUUUGAUGCCCAUGACCCAUGCGUCUUCCAUUCUCCUGACAUUACUGGACUCUUAGAACAUUACAAAGAUCCAAGCUCUUGUAUGUUCUUUGAGCCUCUUCUCUCUACUCCCUUAAACAGGACUUUCCCUUUUUCUCUCCAACAUAUAUGCAGGACAGUUAUUUGCAACUGUACAACUUACGAUGGUAUAGAUGCCCUUCCUGUUCCUCCAUCUGUGAAGUUAUAUCUGAAAGAAUAUCAUUAUAAGUCCAAAGUUAGAGUUCUCAGGAUUGACGUACCAGAGCAACAAGCCUAGGAGAUAUUCUGAGAGACAUUUGGGUCUUAGAAAAUUAUUUACAGCUGAAACUGAAUUCUGCUUGAGCCUUAUGGUCCAAAUAGAUUUUUAUUCCCCUGCCUCAAUGGGCAGAUUUUGUUUGUGUGAAGACACAGUGUUUUCAUUGGUAAUAAAAAUAGGGUUUUAUGGAAUUUCAUGUAGAUUUUUUUUAAGUUUUCACUCAAGCCUAACCUUAUAGAUUUGAAGUUAAGUCAAAAUGGAUUUUGACUUGUCUUUUAUAUACUGUGAUUUAUAUGCAGCACAGGCAUGUUUGAAACACUGUAUGCAAUGUCUACUCAAGAGUGACUAAUUUGUAUUUUAUACCUUUCUUUGAAAAUUAGUACGUUGUCCUCUCUAUAAAAAGUAAAAUUGAUGUCUAUUUAUGAUG